ACAUGACAACGCUUGUUUUUGUCCAACAGCGUACAUUAAAACAAAAUUUUGAUAAAAACUACAUUCAAUUCAUAUUUCAUACCUGUAUCUUAAAGUAAUUGUGUUAACUAUUGCGGUUUUAAGUUCAUAGGUACUAUAAAUAUAAGUAGAAGUUAUUAAACUUUUAUUGAUCAAACAAGAAUAUCAUCCUGAGACUUGACGUUGAUCAGCUGAGUUUUGUUUUCGUUGGAUUUGAUACCAGCUUUGAUCGUAUUAUUUAUUUAAUAGGUGGUAGUAUUUUUUGGAAACAACAAAAGACCAAAUUAAACAAUCAACUAUGAAUGAAAUAAAAUCUCUAGAACACGCAACUUUGAAGGUGCCAUAUGAAGUCUUUAACAAGAAAUACCGCAACACUCAGCGUGUAUUUGAUGUGGAGGCCCGUCAAGUGGUUGCUGCUGUUGGUGAUCUAGAUAAUGCUGUAAAAAGUGGAUCUACAGCUGGUGAAAUCAAUAAUUUGCUUGGAGGAAUGGUUGAAAAACUGACAACAAUGAAGCGUAAAGCGUCAGAUGCAAUAGCAGAGGAAGUACAAGCUGCAUUUGUUUGUAAGAAACGACUUGAACAUUUGAAAGAGCAAGCAGAGGCCAUUGUUGAACCAAAUUUGCCACAAAAUAAGACGGCGAUGACGCAAUGGCGUAAAGUGCGUCUGGACCGUAUGAUUGUCGAUUACUUCCUAAGAAACGGCUAUUAUGACUCCGCAAGUAAACUAGCUGAUUCUCGUAAUCUGCGCGAUUUGACUAACGUUGAUAUAUACGCGGCAGGUGCAGAGGUCGAACGCGAGUUAUGGGCGCGUCGUACCGCUCGUUGCUUGCAAUGGUGCGCCGAUAAUCGCUCUAAGCUGCGCAAACUGAACUCCACUAUGGAGUUUAACACGCGGAUACAGGAGUUCAUAGAGCUGGUCCGUGAAGACCUGCGCCUGGAUGCAGUGAAAUACGCCAAGAAGCAUUUCUCCAGUUAUGAUGAUGGACAGCUAGAGGACAUACAGCAUUGUAUGGGAAUGCUCGCAUUUCCCAAGGAUACUGAAGUGGAACCGUAUGCUGGUCUGCUCCGUGCCAGUCGCUGGCAGCAGUUAGUCAGCCAGUUCCGUUGGGAACACGCCAGACUUCUACACCCGGCAAGGCUGCCAGCUCUACCCGUUACCUUGCAGCUUGGGCUUGCUGCGUUGAAUACGCCUCAGUGCUACAAAGAGAGCACGAAGGUGUCAGGUUGUCCCGCGUGUCAGCCCCCCCUCAACUCGUUGGCCUCCACUUUGCCCCACGCGCACUGCUCCCACUCGCGCCUGGUCUGCCGCAUUUCCAACAAACCACUGAACGAACACAACCACCCAAUGGUGCUGCCCAAUGGACAGGUGUACGGCGAAAAGGCCCUCAAAGAGAUGAUGAAGGAGCACGGCUCAAUUAUUUGCCCGAAAACGAAGGAGGUAUUCUGCAUGAAGCGUAUAGAAAAGGUGUAUGUUAUGUAGAUUAUUUUUAUUUUUUACAUCACAAAUUUGUAUUUUAGUUUUUAUUAUUGAAAUCAUACUGACUGAGCUAUCGCAAUUUUAGUAUUUUAUUUCGUAUUAGCAUUAGAAUAUUUUUUUUUAAUUCCAGGUUUCUUAUACGAUAAAUUAUUGUUUUAAAUCCUCUAAGUAAGGCUCCAUUUUCAUAAAUAAAGAUUUCCCUAUUCCAGACAUCGUAUAGAAACUGGAACUUUUGAAAAUU